AUGGUUCUUGAUUACUCCAAGUGGGAUAAGAUCGAAUUAUCCGAUGACUCUGAUAUUGAGGUCCACCCUAAUGUCGACAAACGUUCUUUUAUCAACGCCAAGAGGCGUCAGAUACAUGAGACGCGCGCUGUACGCAAACAAAACAUUACUAACAUACGCAUGGAACUUUCUAUGAAUGAUGUUCUUCUCAAACGCUUAACGAAACUUAUUUCCACUUUGGAAUCUAGUUCUACGUCUAAGUCCCCAGAGGAUGUGGUACUCCAAGCUCUUGUCGAUAUUUCGUCUGAGGAAGGAGAGCAAAAGACACCACCUCUCCCUCCAAACACCCCCACAUAUGCACAAAUGAUGGCAUCACUAGUCGACUCAAUAAAGAAAGAAAUCGAUCAAGAAUCCCCGGUAGACCGCGCAAAGGCGUUCUUAGAUAAGCUUAAAGGGCAUAAGGUGAAACUUACAGAAGUUUAUGCCCAGUCUAGUAAAAGAUUGGCGGAGUUGGAAAAGGAGGAAAGUUCAAAGAUCACAAGUGAUCAACUCCAUGACGGAUUUUCUGCUGGCCAUGUCAAUAAGUCUGUACAAUUUCCAGCUGCUUCGGAAAAGAAGAAGACUUCUCAAAAAGUACACGCCGUGGAACAGUUAAACCCGGGUGCUAAACCCCUAGAAUCUCGUAAUGAUUCUACAUCUUCGGGCGCCGAGGCAGAUUUAGAGGAAUCGGCGGAGGAUGAUAACGAAGAUCAUAUUGAGCCGACAAGAUUGGGUCGAGAAUUUGCAAAGAUUAAGAUUGGCGAUUAUAGGCAGUGCAUGGAAUAUGUCUCACGAAACCCAGCAGUAGUAGCUGAGAGAGAAACAGAUGGGCUCUUGAUCGAGGCAUUCAAUGCUCAGAUUGAGGGUAAAGAUGAGUAUGCAAAGCAAUGCGUACACCAGGCGCUAUUGUUACAAUACUGCCGCCAAUUGGGAAGGGACGGUGUCGCAUUAUUUUUCAAGCGUAUAACAACACCAAAUCACCAAGCACAGAAGGUCUUUCACGAAGAUGUCUCGACAACCUACCUACGAAUUCGUGAACGUGCAAGGACCAUGGCUGAAGAACGCAAUAACCAAGCAGCCGGAGUGGAACAAAUCCAGUUGCACGCUGUCGAUCCUAACACUCAAAUCACCAUUGCCGUUCCAUCAGCUGACUCGGAAGACCCGGAAAUACAAGGCUCACGGAAGAUAUUUGAGUCCUUUCCGCCAGGCCUACAAAGAGCACUCGAGAGUGGGAGUCUAGACGAAGUCAAUAAGGUACUUGGAAAAAUGAGCGUUGAGGAAGCGGAAGAAAUUGUUGGGCUUCUUGGAGAGGGGGGCAUGUUAUCGCUUGAAAGCCAGAUCAUUGACGCUACCACGGAAGAAGGCAAAGAGAAGCUAAAGCAAAUCGAAGAGGAUGAGAGGCAAGCAAGGGCAAAUAACUCUGAUAGCACUGAUGGCACUACCACUGCUACAGAAGCUGAUAUAAAGGGGAAAGGUAAAGCAAAGGCAGAGUCUUCGUAUAUCGAAGAGAUCGAUUGA